AUGCUCACAGACGGGAAGAUCGACUCUGUGGACAACGGCACCCUCUCCGAUCUCUCAAACAUGACCCUGCUGGGCCUGAGCAACAACGUCAUCUCCAACAUCACGGACAACGCCUUCCAGAACCUUCCGGACCUCAGGGUGCUGCUGUUGGACCACAACCUCAUCACGGGUUUGUCUAUAGAAGACGCCACGUUUGCCGAGCUCUGGAGCCUGGAGAUCUUACAGCUGGGAAGCAAUGCCAUCCAGGCCAUCGACGGCAGCUGGUUCAGGGACAUGAGGAGCCUGCGGACCCUGCAGCUGGAGGGAAACCUCAUCACCAGGCUGACCUCGGACGCUUUCGCGUCCGCCAACCUGGACAACCUGGAGACGCUGGACCUGUCGGACAAUCUGAUCGAGUACGUGGCCCGGGGGAGUUUCCUGGCCCUGCCCCGGCUGCGCAGUCUGGACCUGUCCAGGAACAGCCUGCGCAGCGCCCCGGACGCCUUCUCCUACCUGUCGUGGCUGUCGGCCCUCAACCUGGACCUGAACCAGUGGAACUGCACCUGUGAGCUGCAGGAGUUGGCCUCCUUCCUCAGUAGCUACGUGCAGGCCCCUGACAAGGUGCUCUACAACGGGAGGAGGAUGGUCUGCCUGAGUGCGGCCAACCCGGCCGUGCAGACGGUGCUGCAGCUGACCGAGGCCAACUGCGUGCCGCCCAACGAGAACAUCACCGUCCUCGUCAAGACCAAGGACAGCAUCUCCGCCCGGCGGUACGUCAGGGACAUCGCUCUGGCCGCCACCUUCUUCUUUGCUGGGGGAGCGGGACUGACAGUGCUAAUCCUGUACGCCAUUUACCACAAACUGGAGCUGAACAAAGGCUUGGGCCCUUGGAGGAGCAGGAGCUGGGACGAGGAAGCGAGGACGCACGGCGGGGCCAUCCAGAACCGGGGCAUGCCGGAGUGGAGCUACGCCAGGGACGACAAAGCGCAGGUCCUGUCCAUCAGUCACCCGGGGCGCGAGACCAAGCUGGCGUUUCCGAACGGCGGGGAGCUGCCAGAGAAGAGGCGCUGGCACAGAGACAGAGCCCCCCCUGGCCAGGGGCCAGCCGGGGCAGAACACCAUUUUGUCUGCCACCUCUGCAGGCCCGAGGGCCUGACUGCAGCCGAUGCAGCUGGCAGCUGGGGAGCAGACAGAAGCAGAGGGUUUGUCAGUCAGGCGGUGGCCAAAAGCGGCAUACACGGCAGGCUAGACUUCAGGGAGGAAAGCAAGAGGCACAUGCCACAGCAUGCGCUAAAGCACACUGAAGAGGAAAAUGAAGUCAACGAGGAGGCCGCUGGGGUCUCGGGCUGCGGAAUCUGCAGGCGUCACACGUCUCUGGCACAGCAGGAGGAGGAGGAAGAGGAGCAGGCUUCUGAGAGAGUCUGCGGCGUCUUCACCAGGAAGGGGCUCACCAUGCUCGGAGUGGGGGUCGGACUGGUCACGCUGCUGGCGAUCAUUACAAUAGCUUCGGUCAUUGUGACCCUGCAUGCAGACCCCACCGGACCUGACCUACGUUUUCCUACCGACGGUGAUAUGCUGGACUACCUCCUCCAAAGUGGAGAGAUCCAGGAGAGAGACGGCCUCUUAGUCUCCUGGUAUCACCGCGCCAACAGCAAAGCCCAGAUGGACGAAGCGUUGAAAAGUGCUGCCUUGGUCCUGGAGGCUGAUGUAAACGUACAGGGAUACAACACUGUCAACGAGACCAAAAUCCCCAUCAUGGCCCACCCCCCUGAUAUUUACAGUGAUAACACCCUCCAGGAGUGGAUGGACUCUGUGCUCAAAUCCAGGAAAGGGAUAAAGCUGGAUUUUAAAAGCAUCGAGGCAGUGGAGCCUUCGCUGGAGAUCCUCAGGAGCAGAAAUGAGACAGGGAUAAACCGUCCCGUCUGGCUCAACGCAGACAUCCUCCACGGCCCCAAUGUGCCCGGUUUCUGGCCUGUGAUCAACGCUACUGCGUUCUUGGGGCUCAUCCAAAACAAAUUUCCCCAAGCCACCAUCUCUCCAGGGUGGAAGGUUCUUCACAUACCCUUCUUCCCAAAUGUAACCUACACCCGCGCCAUGGUGGAGGACAUGUAUGAGAUUAUUCGGGACGUUCCUCAGAGGGUCACCUUCCCCCUGAUGGCCGUCAUGGCCAAAUACGCCUGGCCUCACUUCAGCUGGCUGCUGAGUCAGUCCAACAGGUUCACCAUCACUCUGUGGCAGGGGGAGAUAAACCCCACAGUGAACGACCUGUUGUUCAUCCGAGACAACACUCACCCCAAGAGAAUUUACUACGACAUUUACGAGCCUGUCCUAUCCCAGUUCAAAGAAGCCGCCUUGCAGAGCAGGCGACCGAGGCGGUUCUACCCUGGAGGAGACCUGAUCGACUACUUCAAGCCAGCAAACAGCGAUGGCAUGAACAUCCGCUGGGACUCAGUCAGUGACAGAGCCUCCCUGUUGGCCUUACUCAGAGACAGCUCUAGUGGGAUGCUGGUCAUUCCAGUGGGAUCGAAGAUGGACCAGCCUGACUUUCCCAUUGUGGAGAACUCCAGACCAGAGCUCCCUCUCAAGGAAUGCCUGGACUUGGUCCUAGCCUCCUCCAAAGGCUGUGGGCUUUACCUUAAGGUCAAGUCCCGGGUCCUGCUGGCCCCCACACUCCGCCUACUGAGCCAGGCUUACAAUGACGACCUCCUGUACAAACCCACCUGGAUCAACAUGGAUGUGUCCUACGGAGUCUUCCAGACACCGGGUUACAUUAAGGCUGAGGAGUUCCUGGAAACAGUUAACCAGAUCUUCCCUCACGUCACCCUGGCCCCGGGCUGGCCCUCAGAGGCCCUGAGCGAGGGCUACACACGCCUCCUGGUGGAUGACAUGGUCCAGCUCUUCCAGGGGGCCUGGCAGGGCGUCUCUCUACAGCUGAGGGCGGUGCCGCUGGGAAAGUCCUUCCCGGGUCGCCAGCGCCUCCUGCAGGCCCAGACCCGGUUCUCCCUCACGGUGGAGCACGGGCCAGAGCAGGGCAGCUAUAACUCGGGGUACAUGGGCCUCAUGUCCGUCAGAGGAGGGGACAUACGGCAGAGCUUCUACAACAUGCCCACAAACUAUAAAUCCAAGCUCUUCAUGGAUGUGUUCACCUCAUAG